AAAAACAAAAUAAAGAGGCCUACUUGCUAGCUGGUAUUUUUUUCUGUAAAAUUGCGUGCAUUUCCUACGAAAAACUGUGAAAAACUGUGCACAGUUGGGUUUCUCGGUUAAUGCAAUUCGAAAAAUUUAUAACCAGUAGUGCAUUGCAAUUUUUUUCCGGUUUGCGUGAAUAAUCAGAGUUUGGGUUUAUUCCUGCUUUAGUGUUGUGCAAUAUUGAAUUUGGUUGAUAUGUGUUUCGCCGCUUCGGGGUAAUUUUUUCCUGGAGUAGUUCCACCGGGGCAAUGAUUCGACUAGUAUGCUGAGGAUGUGACUGAUUUGUAAAGCUAUGAGCAAACGUGUUGUGCUAGGCAAAGUUUUUCUUCUGCAUCACGGAAUUUGCUUUCAAAGCGAACCGCGGAAUACAGUCCGAGUGCUAUGGAAUCGUUUGUCGAUGUCGGAAAACGGAAUACAACCCAACUAAGGAGGAUUAUCCAACGCUCCUUAGCCACCAGAAAGCCUUAAACCAAAAACGUCUCAUCUUACCAAGACCAGCCAAUAUACCAUACAUCCUACACCAUAUCACCUUAGUAAUCGAUCCGUACUAAUAUAAAACAACCAAUACAGGGUUUCGGAAGUAAUAUCUACUCAAAUCUAUUGCCAUUAGCAAAUAUCAACGAAUUUCGAAUACCAAAUUCCUAUUAAAACAAACAUUUAAACCCAACAAAUAAAAUGGCCACCCGACUAGCUACCCAACGGAGCUUCAUAACUGUAACCCCAAUCGCCUCGACUCCCGCUGUCUCCACCCCUUCCAAUACCUCCCCGAAUCAGCCAUCAGCGGCUAGCGAACCCAUGCAUGAUGAUGCCGCGGAACCCAUUGCAUCUUCUCCAUCUGCGGCAACAACACCAACGGCAACGAUCACAAUUGCGGACUCGAUCGUCGGUUCAAGUACGCUCAAGAACGGUACCGGCAAAACGGUUUCAAUCGGGGCCACAUCUGCUGCUUCGACAAACAACCAACCGGUCAUACCGACCAGUCUGAUUGCAAAUAAUCUAAGCUUGGCUAAUCUUCUAGGCACACAGAACGGGGCAUUGACGCUGCAGCAGAUCAUCCAGCAGCUCAAUUUGCAGAAAAAGAUCUUGAUCCAUCCAAAUGGAACCGUUAUCGAUAUUGUACCCAUCGAGGAAAAUGAUUCGUCGGAGGAUACCAAAAUCGGGGUUCAGUUGACUGCAGCAGAUGGAGAACCGGCAACUACUUCCAAUGGUGCCAAUGGUGGCGGGCAGCAACAUGUUACCGCUCAGGUUGCAGUCGUCCAAGCUCAAAGCCCCACCGAUGGGGGACCCCAGUAUAUUACGGUGACAGCAGCAACCGAUCCGGAAGCGGAUGAUGAAGAUGUUCGCUCCUACGCCUCGCUGACGGCUGUUGAUGUGUCCUCGCCAGACAAUGUCCAGAACCAUCAUACAUACGUGCAAUAUGUUGACUCCGAUAUGUACACCGCAACAGCUCAGGGUCAAACGCAGAUGACCUAUCCGGUGUAUACCGUCGGGGAUUACAGCUCAGCCGGCAAUCAGCAGUAUUACGCCACCGGCAGCGGUGGAAAUUCUACUGGAGUAAGUGGUAGUACCGGUAAUGGUGGCAACACCGGCGGAAAUACAGGAAACAGUUCCGCCGGAAAUGGAAAUUACAGCGCCUCUGCCGGCGCUAAUAGUUCACAUUCUUCCGCUGGUGGUACCGGCGGGAAUGGUGGUAGCAGCAACAACGCCGCAACCGGUACCGGCGGCAACAAUCAACAGUACAUUGUUCCGGUGGACGAAGCCACUCUGCUGGGAACCGGAGCAACGAAUGGAACGCAUCAGCGCGAAUCGCCGCAAACCAUGACGGACGUGGCUUCCUAUCUUCAAUCGCACCAGGCGUCGCAUCAUUCUAACUCGACGACACCGACACCGGACGUGGAUUCAACGCCGAGUCUCAAUCACGCAACUCGCGUUUCGCCAGCGACGGUCGCUUGGCUAGUGGAGAAUUACGAAAACGCUGAAGGAGUCAGUUUGCCGAGGUCUACGCUGUACAAUCACUACAUGCGCCACUGCAACGAGAACAAGCUGGAUGCGGUCAAUGCUGCCAGUUUUGGGAAGCUGAUUCGAUCGGUCUUCACUGGUCUGAGGACACGUCGUUUGGGGACUCGUGGCAACAGCAAGUAUCACUAUUACGGAAUCCGCAUUAAACCGGGAUCGGUACUGAACACGAUGGACGAUGGUAAACCAAUGAACGCUAGUCAUAUGAAUAAUAACAACAGUCACAGCCAAAACCACAACGCCAUGAUCGGAGCCGGUAACGGUGGAGGUGGCGGUCAUGCUAUGAAUCAUCGUGGAAUGAAAAAGGGUAUAAUGAAGAACGAAAUUCCUGAAUCAUGCGCACAGUACCUGGGCGACGCCAGCAGUGCCAUUCCGCAGUUCCCGCUGAUCAGUCUGAACCAUCCGUUUCCGGAAGAGAUUACACUUGAAGAUGUCGACACGCUUCGGUCAAUUUACCGAGAGCACUGUGAAGCCUUUCUGGAUGCUAUCCUGAACCUUGAUUUUAACACAAUCGAGUCAUUGUGGCGCGAGUUCUGGCGAGCGGAGAACAACAACAACGGCGACGAGUGUGAGGAGGAAAAAUACCUCAGCAAGUCAAAGCUGUACGUGCUAACGCAGUGCGCGGCAAUUCAGGACUUCAUCAAACAGGUUGAUUUCAUGUUCUACCAGAACAUGGUGGAAGUCCUAAUCCCGGACGUGCUGCGUCCGAUCCCGACUGGGCUGACACAAGCCAUUCGAAAUUUUGCCAAAAAUCUGGAAAACUGGCUUUCAUCUGCGAUGAGCGGCUGUCCGGAGCAAAUUGUGACCAUUAAGCUAUCGGCAGUCGCAGCAUUUGGACAGACUCUCCGGCGAUACACCUCGCUGAACCACUUGGCCCAAGCGGCACGGGCUGUUCUUCAAAACAGCACUCAAAUUGCCCAAAUGCUCAAUGAUCUCAAUCGAGUUGAUUUUCGGAAUGUGCAGGAGCAGGCCUCCUGGAUCUGUCAGUGUGACACGGGAACCGUUCAGCGCCUAGAGAAUGAUUUCAAGGCGGCUUUACAGCAGCAGAAUACGCUAGAGCAGUGGGCUAGCUGGUUGCGAGCCGUAGUGGACGACGCACUCGAGGAGUAUCGUGGAAAGCCGUCAUUUGUGAGUGCCGCCCGCCAGUUUCUGCUCAAAUGGAGCUUCUACAGCUCGAUGGUUAUUCGGGACCUGACACUUCGUUCGGCGGGGAGCUUCGGUAGUUUUCAUCUCAUCCGGUUGUUGUACGACGAGUACAUGUUUUUCAUCAUCGAGCAUAAGGUGGCGGAAGCAACGCAGACCACGCCGAUUGCCGUGAUGGGUGAGAAGGAUCACACCCGGCAACAACAACAGCAUGCACAUCAACCGCAACACCAACAGCAAAAUCAACAUGCCAACCAACAACAACCGGAGGACAUGACCAGCAUGCUCUACACGUCCGACUUUGAGGUGGUCAACGUGAAGCUGGAACCGAGCGCCAAGCGUAUGCGCAGUUAGUCAAUCAUAUCCUGCCAUCCGGAUGUCGGGCAGCAGCACCCGUACCGUCGGUCUGAUCUGCUACAACAGCAACAGCAGCAGCUGCAGCAGCAGACGCGGUUGGCAUUCCAACACCAACCGUCUGCAUCGCAUCGCACCCACAAUACCUGGUACUUGGCUCCGUCGCAGUCGUUGUCUCCCGCCUCCAACUACAGUGGCAGUACUGGUAGUAAUAGUGGUGCCAGUGGUGACGGAGAAUCGACUUCGUUUGGCUCGUUCUACUGUGGCCGCUAGCUAACUGAUUUAUUAAUUGUACUAUACUUUUUUAAGUUGUGUGUGUAUGCGUUGCGUUGAGCAAAUUUUGUAUGUUCGUCCUAUGUUUAAUUUCUCUUGUUUCACUGUACACAUUUUAGUUGAGUUUUGUCUGUUUCAAACUACUGUUUCUUUAGUUUAACUUUAUUCUAGCAUUUGUUGUUUCCUCGUAACAUAAAUUGAGUUAUUUAUUUUAAAUGUGAAAUGAUUUCAUACCAGUUGUAAAUAGUUAUUUUACUACUAGAUACACGUUUUAUUUAUUUUUGCAAUUGCUUGCAUAUGCUCAAGAGAACAAACGAAACUAUUCUUAGAAUUUAAGUAAAGUCUAUUUUCCGUGUUUUUCCUGUGCUACAUCGAUAAAUUUACAAAGAAAUGAACUUUCCGUGAGAUAAAUUUCCUGUACAACAAAAGAACUAAUAUAUGUGUAAGCUACUAUUAGAAUGCUAAUAAUCAAAAAUUCUACACCCAAACAAAAAUUGAGUCAUUUUCACUCGCAAACUUUUCACUGUGUAGUCGCGUGUGCUAUAGGAUAAGUAACAUUUUGAAUGUAAGAGCAUACGCACAAACUCGUGGUAAAAUUAACCGAAAUAUGAAACGUGCAAUGCCGAAACUUCAGAAGCAUUCAAAUAGAAUCAGGAAAACGGAACAAAAACAAAACCAUACCGGAAAAAAGGAAAUGUUGAUUUUUUAUACCCCCGUCGUACGAGUUACGAUCAAGAAGAAACGACUAACGUGUUGCGAUUUAUUGAAGACACGAACUACAUAUUUGAUCAGUUUUAUUCAUAUUAUUAGCGAAAGGCAAGUAUUGAAACCAAAAAAAAAAUAUAUUAAAAAGCAUAAUUGUGAGAGCAUCUGUAGAAUAUGCUAGACACGAUAAAAAAUAAGAUAAAUGUAUGUGCCUGUGGAGAAAUCAAUUGAACGAAACGAAUUCUUACAAAUAAAGCAAACCACUUGCUAUAUAGUCAGUUGCAGUGUUGAAAUUUAACGAAAGUAGUGUCGGGCGGGAAAUGCUAGUCGUAGUAUAAUUUAAAACAAUUUUUUUUUGUUUUAGACCGGAGUUGGACACCAUUCCGCACUAAAAUAUGCCAUUAAUGAAUUGAGUGCCGCUCUUAGUAUUGUUUUCAUUGAGACAGCCAUAACAAACUUAAGCCAUUUUAGAUUUUACUGACCACGCCAGAAUGCACCCGUCAUUAAUUGUUGAAACGCACCGAUACUCAUCACACAAACAAAGGAACAAAUCAAUUGAUAAACCCAAUGCACGCCUAUAUGAAUAUGGGGUAAACAAUUGAAAUUGUGAUUAACAGAAAUGUGACAAACUAAACAAAAACUACGAGAAAUGCGUCGGGAAAUUUUUUCUAGCGAUCAUUUGUAUAUUACCUUUGGUGAAAAUCACUCCAGUGCUUGCAGCUACCGAAAAAAACGGAGGAUGGAAAUUGUACAUGUGUUUAUUCUCUGAAUGUAGCAUUGUGACGGUGAACAUAUUCGCCCCGAAACAGGCAUGGGACCUGUAGAUAAGAAAUACAAAAGAAAUAGUUCACCAAGUAAAUUUGAAAGUCUACAUAAUUAGCCGAUAAAAGUGCGAAAGCAAAAUAGAGUGAGUUGAAAGUA